CGAACCGUAGGAUCAGGCGGUUAAACUGCGUUGCGGGCAGAAAAAUGAAGAUGUGAUGCUACUACUAACGAAAUGCUUUCUCCCCAACUACCAACUAACUCGUUAUACGGCUCGGCAACUCGAGAAUCGCGCAUCGCAACGAGCUGCCUUAAAUGGGAUAAUGAUGACUAAUGAUUUACUAAGAGAUAUUUCAGCAUCGUUAUCUUUAUUUACCGAAAAUUACUGUAGCGCCAUGUUAAAAAAUAACGUGCCGUCGUAAAAUUCACUAUAUUCUAUAAGGCGACCUAUGUUCUAAAGUUACGCUAAUUCGUAUAACGACACCUAACAGCACAACUAUUUUUUGCCACUGCAUUUGCCCCACUUUAUCCACGUGUCUUCCUUGCCCUUCCUUCCGAUAAACUUCACCAACCCUUAAGCCUGACAUCACCGUCACGCAUGUUGCCACGGUAACACUACCCUCAAAGCCAGGGCAGCAAGAGGAGUAAAGCAACUGAUUACCAAUCCUUUCUUGGAGGUGUCGAGGAAAAAAAAAAUCUCUCUGGCAAGACACAUAAAUUACGGCCAAAAGUGCUUGUUUCGUUCACCAAACGACACGUUUACUUGCUGUUUUCUUAAACACACUAUGAAAAUUUGGGAGAAAUCUUUGCAAGGAUGCGAAAGUGUAAAACAAAAAAGUGAAUUUUUUUAAAUGUAGAAAAUCGGGCAAUACGAAUCAAACAAAUGCCCCUGUGUAUAUAGUUUUCUUUAGCGCUUUUCUUUUUUCUUUUUCUUUUUCAUGGCGUUGUGUUUUUUGACGAAACCCUAACCCUGAAAGUUGACUAUAUAAAGCAGCGAUCCCACUUUCUACGAGCACAGUUGGGGGGUGUACAGUGAAACGCGUGUGACAUCAUACAGAAUGGAUUUUGCUCUCCCUCAGAACGCGCAACAAGCCAACAGCUUCAUUAACUCUGCCGCCCUCUCGUUCCCGGUGCUGCCCAGCGGUGGGGAGGAGAACCACUCUCCGGCAUCGGACGUGAAGGACACAGAGACUGUGAAGACAGAGGGUGUUUCUGGUAUCGUUCCUACCCUUCAGAACAUCGUUGCCACGGUUAAUUUAGACUGCCGUUUGGACUUGAAGACGAUCGCCUUGCACGCGCGUAACGCCGAAUACAAUCCUAAACGUUUUGCAGCCGUCAUUAUGCGUAUCCGUGAACCCAAGACGACUGCCCUGAUUUUUGCUUCAGGCAAGAUGGUCGUCACUGGUGCCAAGUCGGAGGAUGACUCGAAGCUUGCUUCUCGUAAGUACGCUCGUAUCAUUCAGAAGCUCGGUUUCAACGCCAAGUUCACGGACUUCAAGAUCCAAAACAUUGUCGGCAGUUGUGAUGUCAAGUUUCCCAUUCGGUUGGAAGGUUUGGCCUACUCUCACGGAACUUUCUCGUCUUACGAGCCUGAGUUGUUCCCUGGCCUUAUUUACCGUAUGGUGAAGCCGAAGAUUGUGUUGCUGAUUUUCGUCUCUGGAAAGAUCGUUCUUACGGGCGCCAAGGUCCGCGAGGAGAUUUACCAGGCAUUUGAAGCCAUUUAUCCAGUGUUGUCGGAGUUCCGUAAGCCUUAGGUUUGCUGUUACAGCGAGGCCGUUGUCUACCUAUCGGCCGCCAAUAUUGAACACCUUCCUUCCGCUUUGUGCAUGUCGUCGAUACACACUUCUUUUGCGAGCCAUUUAGCUCUGUGAGCACACGCACCUGCUUUAAACUGCACUCAAACAGUGGAUCUUGUGGAUCCCCACUGUUUGCUGCCGGUAGAGUGCGAACGAACAGAGUACUUUGGAAUAUGCCAUGUCUCUGUCAAGCUUGCAUCACACCAAACGCUUUUGGCUGGAAUUUUUGGCUUUGUCAAUUUUGCCGUUUGCUACUCCUUUUGUCGAAGCACGCAGACGAAACACACAUUCUCCCUUAUCACAAACGCACUCAAACACUUUCCUUUCGUCGUUUAUUACGAUUCCUCAUCACACUACCCGCCGAGCUGCACGUUGUUGUUCUCCCUGUGGUGGACAGAUCGUGUAGUGAUUUUGCGUGUGCUUGUUACUGCUUGUACAUACGUGCCUAUAUCACAUUAGCUACCUGACAAGUAUGCGCACACCUAUUGUUCCAUUCAUCAUCACUUUCAUAAACGACAGUGCCUUUUGUCGCUCAUCCGUCUCCUCGGUACAUCAAGCGUGGAUGGAAGUUAGCUGUUGAAUGACCUGGGGCCGUUCGAAAGCUACUUCUGUACUUUGACCUUUCGUGUGGACAUUGGACAAACCUAGCGCGAUAAAUGCACGCAGUUAACCAAUACGCGGUGACAACCGUUUCGUUUGACUUCAGUACAGUUGGUAUUUUACUCUUUAAGAGGUUUGACCUAGUGUAAAUCGCUUUGGUUAAGACUGUUUACACCGUUCUCAGCUGUGUCUGUCAAGUUCCGUCUGGUCGAGCGUAUCUGCGGGUUUUUGUUCGCCAACUAUACCUCUGUGAGGCAAGUGGAGAGACAGGUUUUGUCCGUGAAGGCACUGAUGUAUGCGUGGGAUGGCAACAUGUGCACUGACGUUUCCCUUGUUCUACUACGACAGCUUCGCUGUAAGGGUGAAAAUGUGCUGCACCAUGAAACCUUCUGUCUAUGUCACUCAUCAAAUUGUCUACGCGAUACACAAAUAACAUACACCUUCACACAAAUGCACACGUAUGCUAAACAUGCAUGCAAUUUCCGAUUCGUGUCUUCAACCGCUGCAGCGGGACUGAUUGUUGGAGAUACACUGCCUAUCCUUCUUCUUUAUAAGGUAACUCGGUUGUGCAAUUCGAAUGGGAAGAGAACGAAACAUUGAAAAUUUGAAAAUGCUUCAAAAAAAACUAAAAAAUGCGGGCCUAAUUGCGAUCUUGCUACUUUGCUUUGGGCACUUGGGGUCAUCCUUUGCUUGUCUACCUAUUUACCCUUGAAUAUAGGUGAACUUGUUUGUAUUAAUUAACUUGUUUCAUUAAGACGAA